GUAACGGGAGGGGGAGACAGAGCAACGGCUGCUGGAGCUUCUCAGGGACGAUCAACAGGGAGAGCAACCGACCACAGAGCUCAGAGCUGGGGGUAUGAGAUCCACCAGAAUCCGCUCCCAUCCUCCUUUACUCGGGCUUCUGUCCCACUGACAACCAUCGGAUCAGAACAUCCACCGAACCAGCUCUCGGACGAACCCAAUAUCGGUGACAACUCGCAAACAUGGAGCUGAGAGUGGGGAACAAGUACCGGCUCGGGCGGAAGAUAGGGAGUGGCUCCUUUGGCGACAUUUACCUUGGUGCCAACAUCGCCACAGGGGAGGAGGUAGCCAUCAAGCUGGAAUGUGUGAAGACCAAACACCCCCAGCUGCACAUAGAGAGCAAGUUCUACAAGAUGAUGCAAGGAGGAGUGGGUAUCCCAUCCAUAAAGUGGUGUGGUGCAGAGGGAGACUACAACGUGAUGGUGAUGGAGCUGCUCGGCCCCAGUCUGGAGGACCUUUUCAACUUUUGCUCCCGGAAGUUCAGCCUGAAGACCGUUCUGCUGCUGGCCGACCAGAUGGUACGACACAAGCCUUCAUGUGAACUCGCAGGCAUCAACAUAAACACAUAA